GUUAUAUUGUUCUCAUUAGCAGAGGGCGAUAAAUAAUGUCAUGAAGUACAAAUGGCCGUCUUGAGGGAAGGAUGAUCCUUUGACGUCUAAUGUGAGUAUUGUGAGUCAGAAGCUGCAUAAUCCUUAUUGUCAGUUAUUGCAUGACAGCGUCCAUAUCAUGAUAUAUCUCAUGAUUUUUGAAUAAACGAAGGAAAUGGAACGCGCUUAGAUACUAGUUAUUAUCUCCCACGCGAUUUUUGAUUCAUAUAGUCCAUUAGUCCAAUCGCUCUGAAGUCAUUGGAAAUGAUUAUGUCAUCCACCCCCGCCUUCAGGCGCAACUUAUCGCGAAUUCCUCAACAAAGUGCGCCAGGGAGCAGUCUUGUGUCGCAAACAAGCACUAGCCAUCCUGUACCCCCUCUAAUUAAGGCAUGCUCAAAAGACUCAACAUCAAAUACUUCUGGCACACCGUUGAUUUCGAACAUGGGUGACAAGGAUGACGGUCCGCUACAGGACCUGGAAAAGACAUACUGCCCUCCUCUGGACCCUGCCUUGCUCACAGCCAUCGCCUUCGACUAUGACCUUACCGACUCUGCUCAACUUGGCCAACUGCGCGAGACUCUUGAUGCACUUCGGCUGUCUGCAUGGGAACAGGAGGAUUUACCCUUCGACCCCUCCGGCACGUCCGGUUUAGGUGCAGGACAUGGUCUAGAAGCGGAUGGGUCCUCUGAGCUUAGUGAGUCCCAGGGAGACCGGUCGCGGGAGACAGAUGUCACUAGCCUCACGUCGGGCUUCUCUUCGGUCGGUAUCAGGGACCAUGUCUCGUAUACUAUUGGACCGGAAGGGUCUCUCCAUCUAUCCGGAGCGAAUGAAGAGGAUAAGAUCGGCUAUUUGACUGAGAUGUUCCCGUCAGUUGACCGGUUUACCAUCCAGCACACGUUGAAGAAGUCUAAUGGGGACAUUGAUCGCUCGAUGGACGUCCUUCUCAACUUGUCGUUCUUUGAUGAGCAAGUACCUGAUGAGGACGGGGUGGUCACUGUCCCUAAGGGGGUGGAUGGCUUUGAUGACCCGGGAGCAAGCAAGAAGCAAGCUCGUAAGCGUAAACCCAAGAACAAGAAUGGCCGAAGACAAGAGGUCCUAUCAUCCAUGAGUCCUGAGGCUAGUUUCGAGAAUACAACGAACAAGUGGGAUGCUGCGGGAAAGGAUGUUGAGUUCAUUCAUGCGCGAACCUCGGCGAUACUGAAAAAGGAGACCGUCCGCUCAACUUAUCACGCUAAUGGGGCCUCACUUCCUGCUACAAUCAGGGCUCUUGCCGAUACACACGCCCCUAAGAAGCAGAUCGAUGAGGAUCCGGUGACGGUUACGCAAGUGGCCGAGCUUACGCAAGAAUUUCCGUCGGUGCCACCGCUCACAUUUGCCGGCUUGCUUAAAAUCACGAGAAGUUCUGUAUCAGCCGCCAGUGAGCUCGCGGCGGCUAUGCUGACAAGCCCCGUGGCUCCGUCCAUAACUGAGAUAAUCAAGAUCACCACAGCACCCCCACCAGUGGACGUUGACGAGGAGAUUCCGAAACGAGGCGCUGCGCCGGUCACCCGAGACCUCAACCGAGCAAGAAGUGCAGCAGGCGUGCAUUUUGCAGCUGGUGCUGAGGCACUGUCAAAAGCAUCGGUAGCAUAUCGGCGCGGUAAAUCAGAUCGGUUGAUGGGAGGUGCGGCUGCCUACUACUCCGCAGUAGGACGAGACCACUUGGAACGCGCCAAACGCAAUGCCGCUGCUGCCGCCGAUGCCCUGGUAGACACACAGUCUACAUGGAACUCGCUGGAUCUGCAUGGUGUAUCUGUACAGGAUGCAGUGCGGAUCGCUAGCGAGCGGGUGUCGGAAUGGUGGGACUCUCUAGGCGAUGCCAAAUAUUCGCGUGGAAGUGGAGCUAGAGAUCCUAUUCAGGGUGGCUAUCGCAUUGUAACUGGGCUUGGACGGCAUAGUCAUGAUGGUACUUCACGCUUGGGCCCGGCUGUUGCAAAGAUGCUGGCCCGAGAAGGCUGGAGGGUGGAGAUUGGUGCCGGAGUUUUGACCGUCGUUGGAGUUGUCCGACGUCGCUGAUGCAUGGCAUGAUGGAUUUUGGUUGCCCUUUUGAUGUCCCCAUUUAGCGGCUGAUGCAUACGAGAUACCCGGAGGCGUUCAUGUAGAGAGAGCGAAUCUAGAAGGAGCGCUUUUGCUAGACAUUAUAUGUACAUAACAUCUGCUGUACAUACAUGCAUACAGGACUUGAAGACAGGCAUUCUCAUGAUGAUCUGAUGAAGACAAGGUUAGCUUCUGGUGCUCUAUAGAUCGUAGGCGAUAUUGAUAUAAGAAAAGAUAGCUGAUAGGGAGAUUUGGUGUUUCCGUCCGGAUGACGUAAAAGCCCAAGCAAAUCAAAGCUUCAGCGGCGACCUUCAAUCAAAGCGACUAACUAAC